AUGGCCACCGAUACAAUGAUGGACACGGUUAUGGUAGAGGCCGGAACGCAAGUGUCAAUCCUGGCCUCGACUAUCUCACACCAUGCACCUGCAAAAUCAGAAAAACUCCCAACAACGGUCGAAAAGCCCACUCCAUACACCUACGAUCUGGGCUACCUGACGGCGACCGACCCAAAUCCCCUCCCCGCCACUUCACAACUUCUCUCUCAAUCACUUUCCGACCGCAACGAGGCGCUCAGACAAGUUGCCCGCGACGGCGCCCAAUCCCUCCUGAACACCCUCCUCACGACUUGCCCCAUCCAGUCGACGACCGAUGGCCUAGUAAUGACCCCGCCCGCACCGCAACACUACCUACCAAGAUGGAAACCGCUGCCGAAGCCGAAAGCGCCGACGAAGUGGGAAUUGUUCGCCCGUAAGAAAGGUAUCGGCAAAUACGGAGGCAAUCUGAAGGGCGGUGCCGCGCAGGAGGAGAGGCGGAAGAACCUGGUCUACGACGAGGAGAGCGGCGAAUGGGUCAAGAAAUGGGGCUACAAGGGACGGAACAAGAAGGAUGAAGGAGAAUGGCUUGUCGAGUUGGACGACAAGGCAGUCAAGAAGGAGAAAGCAGGCGCCGAAAGUGGCGACGGCAAGACGUUUAGAGGGGAAGGGAGGAGGGAGAGGAAGGAGAGGAUCAAGAGGCAGGAGCGGCGGCAGAGGAAUAAUGAGCGGACAAGUAGAAAGGCUGGCAAGAUGGGUUGA